AUGGUGUUAUAUAAAAGGAAACCUAUAUUACUUCCUGAUCCAAAACCUUUACCAUUGGAUUUGAAUGUACAAGUAUGGCAUAUUGAAGAGACUGGAGAAUGGUUUUCUAGUUACGAAGAAUUUUUAGAAAGGUUUGAUUUCUACACACGCCACCAUUUUACAUGCGAAAUCACUGGUACUUCUUGCCUGACUUUUUUCCAAGCUCUGGAUAGUGAGGAGACACAAUUCAAAUACGUCGAAGACAGAUUCCCAUUAAAGUUGAGAGAACCAGUUGCAAGAUUUUUACAUUUUAACGGAAUAAGAAGGUUAGAUGCAUUGGUGGAGAAAGUUUACGCAAGAUUUAAAAAUGACUUUUUCCCAGGAGAAGUUGUUUAUCUACGUAAACAGAAAGACUCUUCUACCACAAGCUCUAAUUCCCAACAAAGUACUCCUCAACCUGAUGAUAUGGUCGAAAUCAACAGUGUUGGUAAUCCUGGCUUACCGCAGUACCAAUACCAAAGACGUUAUGUUAUCAAAGAAAAGGUCCAAUUUAACGCAACGAUAAAUCCAGAGAGCAGGGAAAUUGUGAUGCCCGCUCAUACUAAAUACAUGCUGAUAGAAGAAGCAGCUUCCAGUAAUAAAUCCUUCAUUGUUGAUCAAGGACAAAUUUACAGGGACCGUUCCACUUUCACUAAGCACUUAAUCAAAUGUUUUUUCAAGAUUACUUUACAGAGGGCAUCUUCGAAAAUGGGUGCACCUUGGUGUGUCAAACCGGAAUAUUUAGCGAUGUAUGGUUUAACGAUGGAAUGGCCAAAAGAUAUGUUAAAAUAUAAAGAAGAUGAACCUGUCGUAGCAAGACGUUCCAACAGUGCCAAUGUUUCAUCCCCAGAAAGUGAAAAGAAUAAACGUCAAAGUAAAUCAUCGGGUAAAAGUAACACCUCAAACGAUGCUUCUAACAAAAAAGAAACCAAGAAAAAAAGAAAGCCAACCGAAGUAAAUGAUUCUGAGAAUAAUUCUUCGGAAGAAGACAAGAAGAAGGGUCAAAAUGUCACAUCAGAAACACAUUCUAAAAAAAGGAAAAAGGAAGCCAAUGAGGAACCGAACACGGAAAACGUCGAAAGCGUUCCUACACCAGCUAAUGCGGAGCCUCAGGCUGUAACAAUAACGAGCAUAAUGGAUGACCUAGCUUUGCCAUAUCAACAUCCACCGAACAUCUUUCCAAACUUAACGUAUUAUAAUGAAAAAUUAGAAUGUAUUUCAUUAGGUUCUACAAAACUUUCCAGACCUUUUGAUUCUUUUGGAAAGCUAUUACAAGCCUAUCAGUUUCUGAAUACGUUUGGUUCGAAAAUUUGUCUCUCUCAUUUUAGCCUUGACCAAUUCAUUACUUCUUUGAAAUGUACAGACCCAUAUGAGUUAAAGGGCGAAGUUGUUUUAGUGAACAUAAGAACGCAAACGUCUAAAGAACAAGAAAUUGAAAAUAACGGCCUGCCGAUGAAAAACAAAGCAGAGACUACUACUGAGGAAGACUCUGAAAACCCAAGUGACUGGCAAAGAAAUUCAUUUAUUCGUGAUAUGAUAAUGAAAAGAAAUUCCGACAAGGUUGAGUACAAGAUUGUUCACGAUGACCCAGCAUCCGAUGAUAUACUUGAUAAUAUCAAUCAUAAUGGGUCUGCUCUUCUCAUUGAAGUUUUUACUGCGCUCUUACGUUUGUUCAUCAACGAAGAAGGCGAUUGGAGUUGCAUCGUCGUUGAAAACUGGAUAAUAGACGACAAGGGAGUCCUUAUGGAGAGAAAAGAUGAAAGAGGGGAGGGGGAGGCGAAGCAAAAACGAAAUGCUCACGGAUACUUUUUACAAGAUAAGGAAAAGAUCGACAACCUAAAGGACACAUUAAAGGAAAACGCAACAGAAGUUCAAAAAGAAUCAGACGCUAAAAACGAAACAAAUUCAGAAUCUGAUUCUAAAUCUGAUUCUGACAGUGAAGAACGAGAUCCUAAAUUAGAAAAGUGUUUGAACUACCGCAAUGUUAACUGGAUAGAACGCUUGACGAAAAGGCAAUUUAAUAACAGUUACUGGCUAAUAAUUUUACUGGGAGUCUUAGAAGAUUGUAGACAUCUUCCCAUGUAUACAGAGUUUAUUGAUUCUUUCAUAGAAAAGAUCAUACCCAAAGAUAUAUCAGCUACUCAAUUGCCCAAACAGCUUUGGAGAAAUUUCUGUCGAAAGCUGUCGUUCAGUGACAAAGUCAAUGCGCUGUGGAUACUUGUAGAUCUCGUAUCGCAUUUUUCUCCAGAUAUCAAAGCUGCUGUAGAUGAUUCCAUGGAACUAUGUGGUCAAAUUCGUAGCGAAAGAUUCAAAGUUGCGAGAGAGUUGAAAACGGAGGCAGCCGUCUUAAGUAAUCUUCAAGGCGACCUGCAGGCAAUUCAAGAGAAGUUAAAUAAAACAGAUGAAAACACACCAUCAGCCGAUGGUGCCGAUAAAAAAGAUGAUUCCGAAUCAAAUAGUGAACCAAUUGAUCUUAUUAUCAUUGAGAAAAAGCAAAAGUUAAUUGAAGAGCAGGAUAAAAAGGUACAAGCUUUACAAUCAGAUAAAAAUUUCCUCGAUAAUUGUCUAUUUGAAAACGAUCUACAAAGAUUAAAGCCGUUGGGAUUGGAUCGAUACGGGAACAGGUAUUUUUGGCUGGAUCACAAUGGUGUUCCAUUUCCUCAAUAUCCUGCUGGUAUGAAUGAGACGCCGAAAAGUAACAAUAGUUUGAGUUAUCACUCCGGUCGUUUAUUAAUUCAGGGACCUAAAGCAUCAUCGGCGAAAUUCUUUUUGAACGUCAGUGAUGAGCAAUUGAGCAAUUGGCAAAAAAUCAGAAAUUCCGAAGGAAUAUCCGAGGCAACUAGGGAAGUAUUUGGUAUCUCCAAAACUAGUUCCGGAUCUUAUAAUUACGUAGAAAAUGGAAUAGAGGUCGAACUAUUGGACAGUAAUGAUCGCGUAAACCCACUUAUAGAGCUGACACCUAUUCAAAAGAAAAUUAUGGAUGAAACACCUUCAAGGUUGCUACUAUCACCAGAUCAAUGGUAUUGCAUUGACAAGUUAGAGGACUUGUCAAGAAUAAUGGACUGGUUAGAUAAUUGGGGUCGCAAAGAGCAUGAUCUCUUGAGGCAAAUCAGACCCAUAAUGGAACGAAUUAAAAGUUCCCUUAGCUUGCGCGACCAUGCGCUGUCACUGACAGCAUUCACCAAAAAUGAAGAAAAGUUGCUAAAGGAGUUAGAAAAUAAUGAAUUUACCGAAAACGAAUUGAACGUUGAUAGUAUGGAUGUUGAUGAUAAAAAUAGCGGUGUUAAAAGUGAGGUUGAUGUACAGGUUGAUGCCGAAGAGAAGAGAGAAGCUGUGAUAGACGAAAAGUUGGAGGUGAUUGCAGACGAACUCAUGAAGCUAGAUGAUAGCUCGAAAACACGCAAUGUUCUUAAUAGAAUACAAGAAUUAGAAGAUCAGAGAGAUGAACUCUUGGAACAGAAAAAAUCCAUAAUAAAUUCGCAGAGGCCAGGCGCGAGGAUUUUAGCCCGUUCAGAAAGGAAAAGAACCAAAAUCUCCCGUGGUAAUAAGGUGAAUAAGCAGAUUGAAAUAUUGACUGACUUAGUCAAUUAUAGACAUUUUAAAGCUAUGGAAGAUGUGAUAGCUUGGAAAAACGUUUUAGCAAAUUCGAUAUGGGGUUCCUCACUUCGCAAAAAUGCAUCUGGUAAUAAAAGGAGUGGUGUCAUUGAAACAGUAGACGAUAAAUUAAAAGAUAUAGUGGGCCAAACCUCAAGAACAGUAACACCUGCCCCAAAUUAA